AUGGCUUCGAAGAUAGUCGUUGUUGGGAACGUCAACUGCGAGUUGCAAGAUGUUUUCACUAAGCUCGCGAAACUGCAUGUCAAACAGAGUUUCGCCUUUGCCGUCAUCGCUGGUGACCUAUUCGGCGAUUGUUCAUCGGAACACGAGCUUCAACAGAUGACAGCACUGCUACAAGGAAGCAUAUCUGUUCCACUUCCGACAUACUUCACCUUGGGAAGCAAACCUUUGCCCGCUCGAGUAAUCGAGCAAAUAGAAGCCAAUGAUGAAGUAUGUCCCAAUCUUUACUUCUUGGGAAAGCGCGGCACCUUGAAGACGUCAGAGGGCAUUCGAAUUGUCGCUCUAGGUGGAAAGCUAGAGGAAACAAGUACUGCAAGCGAUAAGUACCACCCGGGAUAUAGCGAGUCAGACGCCAGGACACUUAUUGGCGCACACCAUGCCGACAUCCUCCUCACGCACCAAUGGCCCAAGGGUAUUCGAACUGGUUCUAAAGUAGAACUAGCAGAAGGCGCCAAAGUACCUCAAGAAACGCAAUGCAUUGCAGACCUCUGCUCGGCUCUCAAACCCCGCUACCACCUCUCAUCAACAGACGGGUUGUUCUACGAGCGUGAACCUUUCUUUCACCUCCCUACAGAAGACAGCCCAGAUGCCAAACCACUCACGCGUUUCAUCAGCCUAGCCUCAUACAGCAAAACAAUCAAGCAAAAAUGGAUGUACGCCUUCACACUCGAUCCCAAGGCACCACCACCUCUGAGUAUCCCAGUCGGCACAACAGCACCCCCUUUCUCCUCUGUCCCCACCAAACGCAAGCCACUGCCCGACCAAAACGCCUCAUUCAGCCGCUUCGCACCCACCGACGACCAUCACAGCCAACGUCCCCGCAAGCGUGCGCGCGCUCCUCCACCUGGGCCGGAACAAUGCUUCUUCUGCCUCUCAAACCCCAACCUCGCUACCCAUCUAAUCACUUCCAUCGGAAACGAAGCCUACCUAACAACCGCCAAGGGACCACUCCCAACGUCGAAAACAUUCCAACCAUCCCUCAACUUCCCCGGCCAUAUGCUCAUCAUCCCCUUCAACCACGCGCCAUCCCUGAACAGCAUAACCGACACGCCUAGCCGGCACAGCACAUGGACCGAAAUGCAAAAAUACCGCACAUCCCUGCACUCCAUGCUCCAGCGUCGCUCAAACGGCUCUUUAGGCGCCGUCACAUGGGAGGUCUCCCGCGCAAGCGGUAUUCACAUCCACUGGCAAUUCCUAGCCGUGCCCGCAGACCUCAUCAAGCGCGGACUCGUCACCGCAGCCUUCAAAGUCGAGGCCGAGAACCUCAAGUACCCGAAAUUCGAACAACCAACUUCGUCCUCAUCCCAGCUCAGUUCAGAGCAGGGGUCUGCAGACCCCAGCGCUGAACCAGGCGAUUUCUUCCGUCUCUGGAUCUGGGAUCCGCCGGCUGCCACUGCUGCUGAGUCAGAUGAGGAUGGCAAGACCAGCGCCGAAGGUACAGAGAAAACACUACUUCUCCCGCUCGGUGCAGACUUCCGCUUCGAUCUGCAGUUUGGUCGGAGAGUCAUGGCGAAACUGAUGCAGCUUGAGCGACGGAUUAAUUGGAAGGAUGACGUACAGUCACAGGAGGAAGAGGAGGCUGAUGCUGCGGCUUUCAAGGAGGCAUAUAAGGAGUUUGAUUUUACGUUGGAGGAAUAA